UUAACUGUCAGUGUGUGGCGCCUUUAUAUUUUGGUGUUCUCUUGAGAUCUCUCUCUGCAACGGGGAUUUUGAAAGCGAAUUACAAGGAUAAUUUACCCAUAACUCGUAAUAAAACAUUGAUUUUACUCGUUAAUUUGGCAAAUACAUCGACAGCAGAAUCAUCAAAUUAUUAUAGAUAUUAUAUUGGAGGACAGAAAAGACUGGGUGGGAUAAAGCCGUAUAAUGUCAUCUAAACCAUCAACGAGCAAGCGGGACUACCGUCUCCCCAAACCGGAGUUAAUGCUGACCCGUCACAAGUCCAACCUGCUGAAACGUCAACUCCGUAACAAAGAUGACAGUAUUAAGCGGAUAUCACAGAUAACACAAAUGUUGAAGAGCCCAAACUCAAAGGACAAGAGUCCGAAGCCACAAACUAAAUCGCCAUCGAAGAAAAAAGUUAUCAAGUUUAAACAAAAGAUUGACAAGCUCGUUCAGGAUAAGAUGCAGAACAGAUCAUUGUUGAAAACACAGCAAGAUUUGAAGCUUGCCCACAGACGAAAGACUGCUGCCCCACAGAGAGGGUCAAAGCCGAGGCCGCUCAGCCCCACCGUGGAGCAGCUGGUGCUCGAAGCGGAGCGCCGCCUCGAUGAUGAAGACCUGCUGGAGAUCCUGACGUGCGCGAGCCCCGUGUGGUGGGAGCACCCUCCCUCCCACCACUACAUCGAAGAUCCCAUCUACACAUUGUCGCCAUCAGAUAUGGAAUAUGAAGAUAUCACUAAAAAAACAAACGAGGAAUCGAACCCUGUCCCCGAAUCUGCCAUGUCUACCAUCGCCAUACCUCCAGUCAAACAGACUGAUGACAAAUUCAUGAAAAAACGAAACAAAUUGGAAAAUCUACUCGGAAACAUUAAGAAUAAAAUUUGCCACAGUGACGUCACACCUAAAAGUGAUGAAAAUAAUGAAGAUAAGGAUAAAGGUAAUGUUAAAAGUGACAUAGAAAAUAAUGCUGAAACUAAAAGUGACAAAGUAUGUAAAGUAACAAAAGGAAAUGAUGUUAAAAGUGAUACAGACAAUAGAAUCACUGUUUGUACUACUGUGAAGGACAGUAAACACACAAAUGAACGUUUACCUGAAGAAAAGGUAAAGAAAAAAGAAAUAAAAACAAAUGAAACUGAAGAUGAAGAAAAAGAAGAAGGAACUAAGAAAGAAGAUGGAAGCAAAGAAGAAUCAAGAGACGCGAGAGAGACAACCACAUCAGAAAGUACCGAAGAGGAUGUUUUUUUAAAUUUACAGAAUGAAGAAUUUCUAAGAGAUUUAGAAAAUAUAGACAUUCCCAUUGAAGAGGAGAAAUCUGCAGAUUCCGUCGAAGAUCUAGACAGUCAGGAUUCUUUUUUAGAAUUAAAUAGGAAUGUUAUAGAAGAAAAUAAAAAUCCUUUAGCAUCCGAAAAGGUCGAGGAACAUACAGCAUCCGAGAAAUAUACAACGCCUUUAAAAAUUGACAAUGCAAACGAAGAUAGUAAUAUCAAAAGAGUUAAAAAACGGCCUUUGAGUGACCCAGACAUACCUCAACGUGACGCUAUAAAGAUAUAUUUUGUAGAUGCUGUAGCAAACACUGAGAAAGCAGAAUUAACGACAAAAAUAUCCAAAAUAUCAACACUUUCAAUUACAACUGAAAAAGACAGACUGUCUUCUACGAGUGUAGAUGGUUCUAAAGAUGCUACUAAUGAUAAUACAAAAGUAAACGAACAUGAUGCUACUGUAACAGAUACUAAAGUAAGCUUUAAAGAAGAUGAAACUGCUAGUAUAAAAUUAAAUCCCGAAAUAGUAGUAAAAUCUGAAAGUAAUGAAGUUAAUAUGAAAGAUCCAAAUGAAUUUGCAGAUAAAGCUACAAAUAUGACGUCAAAAAACAAAGAUUUAGAUAGGGAUAUCGCUAUCAACAAUUGCAUAGUAAAAAAUGUUGAUGAAAAAGCGUUUUUUCGGAAAGUAAAAGACGAAUCUAAUAACCCUGAUAACAAUAAAAGCAAUCAUAACAAGAAUCUUAAUAAAGAACAAUUGUUGGCCGUUUAUAAGAUAAUAACAGACAACAAUUACAGGGAGAAAUACAUUAAAACUAUCAAAGAUGGCGACGAAACCGAACAUCAUAAUAAAACAAAAUCAAACGACAGUCUAAACAAAGACACGUUAGAAUUUUACUUUAAAAAAUACAAAAGUGCACAGAAACGCGACAAACAAAAACAAGAAAUACAAACACUUAAUAAAAACGAAAUUGAAGCCACGAAACCCAAACCAACACAGGAUGGUAGUAAAAAUGAAGUCUAUGAGAAUUGUAAGAGAGAGACUUGUUUGAGCAUAAUAUCUGAUGUUAAAAGUGUGAAAUACUGCUUGAAGUGCUCGUCAAUUUUCGAAACGGAUGCUUGUGAUUACUGCAAUAGGGAGAACCUCGCGACACCGCAGGGUACCUUAGCAGAUACAAUGACGAAACAUUGUAAAUCAUGUGUACGUAAUGGUAUAAAUAUAGGUACUACAUAACAGUAUCACGUGUGCACACGCGAAGAACUCGCAGAAGUGUAUACUGUACAGGUUGUUAGUGACAUCGUAACGAAUACUGACGGGUUAAUAUCAAGUGAAAUUAUUCGUUGCAAAAUUCCUGCUUUUGUAGUGUUGAUUUUGAAAUAUUUUCAAUUCUAUACAUUUGCGAUGCGAAAUUCCACUUGAUAUUAACUCAGAAUAAUGAGCUGAAUCAUCCCUCUCAGUAUUCGUUACGAUGAUGUCACUUACAAGCAGGUUUGGGUGUUAGUGACACCGUAACGAAUACUGAGGGGGAUGAUUCAGACCAUGUUUUUGAGUUGAUAUUUGAAUUAUACCAAGUGGAAUUUCCUGUCGGAAAAUUCAUGAAAAUGUUAGUGUUUUUUAUAAUUAUUUUCAGUUCCAUACUUUGGCGACGGAAAAUUCCACUUGAUGAUCAUGGUCUGAAUCAUCCCUCAAAGUUUUUUACGAUGCCACUAACACCCUGUAUAACAUAGUGUUGUAAAACCGCUCGAGUCAGCGCUUAAACGCUGGACACGACGCUCGAGCAGAUUGCUAAUGCUCAAGUCGGGACUCGACUGAGGCGCUUGACGCUUGAGCAGUGGCUUGAGCGUUUAAGUGAAAAAGUCUAUUCCGAGCGUCGGACUCAGCGCUCGGCUCAAGCUUGAGCGUGAGAGUCUAGAUUGAAUAGUAAUUAGUAAGAGGAAUUGUUAAAAAAGGUUUUAUACAUUAUACGCGAAAUAUAAUGGUUUUAGAUAUAUUUUUUAAUGAUGAAUGAAUGAAAUAUACUUUAUUGCCCACAAAACAAAAAUAAAAGAACAAACUAGACAUAGAGUGACCAUGUACAACAGGCGGCCUUAUUGCUGAUAAUACAAGAAAAAUAACUGCCCAAGUUAAAUAUCAUAAUAGAAAAAUACUUAUUAAUUGUGUUACAUGUAAAAUUACGACGCUCAGACGCUUGAGCGCGUGACUCGAGCGUAGAAGUCUGAGCCUUCAACGCUCGCAAGCCUUAAACGCUCCAAAGCGUCGACUCAGCGCUAAACGCUCGACGCUCAGCGCUCAUUUUUACAACACUAGUAUAACACCCAGUCUCCUCCAGCUAUGUUCAAGUCUCAUGUAAUAGAGGGCGAGCCUAUUGCCAUUAACCGGGCACAAACCCUGGAAACCAUGUGAUAUCAAUUUUCUAUGAUCAUGGCGGAGACCCU